AUGGCCACUUCAAGACCUACGCAGCUGGCACCACUGUCCACGGCAGAGGAGGAGCUGAAGAAAAUGUGGGAAGAAGCCGAACGGGAAUUCAAUCAAUUAACAAGAAAGAACUUGAGAACAGAUCACGAGAAGGGACUCGACGAUGUUCUGCAAGAAUUCGAGAGAAAAUACCAACCCCCUCAAGGAGGGAAACAGUCCGGCCUCGUAUCCAAAGAGAAAAUCAAGAAAACGAUCGCAAAUGUCCUCAACUGUAUCCAACUCCUGGGUGGCAUAGCCGCGCAAGGUGCAUCAAUUGUUUUCGGACCUGCUACUUUAUGUUUUAACGCAAUCUCGUUCCUAAUCGACGUACCAGGCAAGAUCGCUCACGUGUAUGAAGGAAUAGAGAGUUUAUUUGACGAGAUAUCUCACUUUCUCUCUCUGUUCAAAGUGUAUCGACAGUAUGACCGGCUUGACUCAGAGUUGAAAGAUGGUACGCACAAGCUCAUGAUGUCUAUGGUCCGAAUCUGUGGGCUUUCUAUUAAAAUAAUCGAUGGCGGAGUAAUGCACCGUAUCAAGAUCGGAAUGAAGGUUACUUUUUUGAACGACGACUCUGGCGUCAGCGCUGAACUUGUAAAAUUCAAAGACCUCAUCGAAAAACAGAGCCGAGUCACCGGCGCUAUCACUCUACAGCAUGUACUUGAAAGCGAAAACGGCAUUGCCAAAAUUCUUCAAGAAGCCUAUGUUCAUGCCGAGCAGCUCAGUAGCAUUGAUAUCAAAAUGGACAGCCUGGUUGCUGAUAUGACCGAUCGCAAGACACAGAAAAUCACAACUGGACGAGUCGAUACUGUGGCAAGGAUGCUAUCAAAGACUACAGAGCCCAUCCAAGAAGCAAAACAAGCACUGCAAACUCUUAGGGAUGGCCUACUGACCCAGAGCGCCCAGUGGUUGUUGCAGGAUCAGAGAUUCACAGACUGGAAAUCCCCAAAUUCUGAUCUAUCUCCACUUCUUGUGCUUUCUGGAGGCCCAAAAACUGGAAAGUCUCAUCUCCUAGCAGCCAUCGAAAGAGACCUUCGAACAACCAAUACAGGAGUGAGCAUCGCAUAUUACGCUUUCAGUGAGCAUGAUACCAAGAGCACAAAGGACAAAAAUAAGAAUGAAAUUAUCGACGCGCUUAAGUCAAUGGCUCUUCAGUUAGCUGCACAACACACGCCUUACGCAAAACAAAUAUCAGGAAUCAAAGAUUUCCAGCCACCGGAGGGAGGCAAGAAUUUGGAGAAACAAUGGUGGGAAAAAUUGCUAUUUUCAAAUAUCAAGUCUUCUCGACCUGAUGAGGAGAUAAGUAUCGUACUGAUUUUCGAUGGCUUGGAUGCGUUAAAAGAAAACGCUACAAAACUUGAAAAGCUUUUGAAUGACGUGCAACAGCCAGGUCGCACAGUGCCCCAGACUAAUGACUUCAAACUACGAAUUAUUGCAACUGGGGAUUGGGACGACUCCCAAGUGUUCGUUGCUGGUGCCAAGCCCAUUCAAAUAGUUACCAAUAACAAGCCUGCCAUUGAAGCUUAUAUCAACCAUGAGCUAGAAAAGGAUGAGAUCCUCCAGGGUCAACAUUUUGAAAUGGUCGAACUUCUCAAAUCAAUCCGCGAGAAUCUUCCAGAAAAGGCCAACGGGUCAUUUGCCGUUGUUCAACAAAAGUUAGAAAGGAUCAGAGAAGCAGUAGAAUCUAAUGCAUAUCUGGACGAUACCGAGCAGAUUUUAGAGGAAGACCCUGCUAAAGACCACGGAAAGAUUGCGCGGAAGGCUCUUAGUGACCUCAAUACAGCUUUGCAAGCUCAGGAGAUAGAGCAGCUGAACGAGCUUCUUAAUUGGGUGAUCUUUGGAUAUGAAUACUUUGGGAUUGACCACCUUAGGGCCGCACUAUUCUUGAAUACUGGGAGGUCGCCAUUACAGCCAUUUGAGAAAACGUUGAAAAAUAAAUAUAUGAAAAUAUUUUAUCUGCGUGGAGACGUGGUAGACGUGGACUCAGACAUUGAAGAAUUAUUUCGAAACGAAAGUGUGUCUGCAAUUGAGAGACCAUUUGCGCCCGACGCCGAAGGGGCGAAAAUCUCAAUGACAGUAUCCAUCAACCAGGCUGAUCUUCGUAAUGUUCAGCAAUUUUUUUGGGAUCUCACGGAGAGGGUUGGGAUCUCAAGAUUCGAUUUUUUGGAAACCAAAGAAGCCAAUGAUGGCAAAGGAGUCAUCCACUGCGAAGAGGUUCAGGCUCAUUAUCACAUAAGUAGACAACUUCUAAAACUUUUGAACGAUGAACCUCAUGAUAAGACAAAAUGCCUUGUCAAAUAUGCUCUUGGGAAUCUCCCAGAACAUCUUCAAAGGGUAAAGGAAGCACUGGAUAAGAAUAAACUUGGCGCUGUUGAACGAAAGGCCAUUGCUGGAAGUCUUGUAGACCUUCUUAGUGAUGUCGAGGGAACUGGAAAUCUUUGGAAUACUUCCAGUGAGACAUACUCCUGCUGGAUUCGGGACUCGGGAGUUGAAACCAUUCAAAACUGGUUAAACGAUACUGAGACGCUCAAAACAUUAGAACCGAGAGAAAAGCGUUGGGUAAGAAAACAUACCGCAAAGUCAGAAGGGAAAGCAGGAUUCUACAAGCCAAUAACGCUUAUGCUCGCCAGAAGAUGGCUACAAUCCCGUGGUUGGAAUCCGUAUGCCAUUUAUGAAUGGAUUGACAGAUUCAUUGAACUCCAAAAAUCAGAAGACGAUAAAAAAGAAUCCGACACUGCUGAUAACGACGAAACGGCUAGUAACGGAGAUGCAUCCAGUGAAAGUAGUGAUAGUGACGACACGGCUAGUGAUGGGUAUCCAUCCAGUGCGAGUAGCGAUGGUGACGACGAGACGACCAGCAGUGAGGAUACUGAUAAGCAUUCAAAUUCCAUUCCUUCCGCCGCCACGUGGGUGCAACAAAUGCUGAACCUUAGAGACGAUGACUUGAACUCUCUGUGGUACGAACGCAUUGGUGAAGCGUACUAUCAUGCUAACAAGUAUGAAGAAGCAAGAAACUACUUUGAAACCGCCAAGAAGUUUCCUGAGAGUAGUUGGUCAGUUGUUGUAAAUUGGACCAUGGCGGUAUCAGAAUUAAGUGAAAAACAGCCUACAGAAGCCGAAAAGAAGGAAAUGAAAGAAUCUGCUUGCAAAGAAAUGGAGUCAGCUCUCACAUACUUGAGAGCUCGAUGGAAGGAUAAUCGUGAUGAUAUGACUAUCUACGAACGUGAAUCCUUUAUUCCAGCCCUCAAGCACCUUGCCUCCUGGCAAGAGGAACUCCAAAUGAUAGAUCGUACUGUCGAGCUUUACAAGGAAGCCCUUGUGGUUGAUCCUCAAGACAUUCAAACGUAUUUCGACCUUCUAAAAAUUUUGUUUAAACACGAAAAGAGGGAGGACGCGAGGGAGGUACUUACUCGGAUCUUAAAGCCAUCAGAUGAGCUCCGUGACCCCGACAUAUUCACCUUGCUGCUUCGAGAAAUUACCACAGAUGAAUACAAUGAGGAUAAUCUCAAUGUGGCCAAUUUCUUAGUAAACAUUGCGCAAACAGAUAAUACACUAACCGAGAAGACUCUAGAAGGAUUCAGCAAUGCUAUUCAAGAUGCCAGAAACAAUGAUUGGACAAUGAACGAAGGGCUUCUCCUCCUAUACCAAGGCAUCCUCCAGGCUCGAAGCACCACAGAAAGUGCUAGGCUCCAGCACGCGAUCAACUCUUGGGAAGAAUGUCAAUCACUUUAUCUCACUUCCAACUGGGACUUGAUAAAUACCCGACAUUUUGCGGCACGCUUCGUCACUCAACACUAUUUCAACCAAGCUGUUCGGCGGGAUCACUCAGCUGAGGAGAGAGAACAACAUUUGAACAAACUCUUGAAACUUUCUCGUCUAUCACAGACCUGGAAUCAUGGCUUCAGGCCGACCUCCUUUUUAGCAUCGUACUACGUAAUGCAGGGUCGUCAAGAUGAGGCACGCAAGCUGUUUCGAAAUGAGAUGAUAGACGCGCUAUGUAUCCUCACAGACAGUGAUCCGGACAAUGAUCCGUAUGGCUACAAAUACCUAGCCGACUUACUGAUGCACACAGGCGAUGACUUAAACUCUCUCAUCGCUUGGUCCAAGCUAUCGCCGUCUGUCUGUCGAGAGUUCUUCCGAUUGAAUUGUGAUGGUCGCUGCGGGUUAUCCUGGACCCAUGCUAACGAGUUGUAUAUCUGCCGUUAUUGUCCGGAUACCCAAUUCAGUCCCGCCUGUGUGGAAAAGCUGCGUGAAAACCAACUCGACCGUUUCAUCUGCCAUCGUGAUCACGAGUGGCUGUAUGUCCCGGCCUGGACUGAAGAAAACGUCCAUGGAGCUGGUGAAGAUGCGGUAUGGGUUCCUAGCGAUCUACCAUCUGACGAAAAUCAAGGGAGGGGUAAUAUUUUGUCCAAAGACGACUGGUUGAAAGGUAUUCGUGAGACCUGGGGCAUUUCAGAAGAGGAAAUUCGGGGUGCCUCAUAA